UGAAGCCUCUGCUCAUUCGCCAACUUCUUCCUGUCGCAUCGCCAGCUCCAGUUCGUCGCCCAUCUUCCGUGGUUGUCCGACGUACGUCGCCGCCGGCGUUCUUGCUCCCUUAACAAAAUAUAUAAGAUUCCUUUCGACUUUCACUCAGCUCUCUCGGUUCUAUCUUCUCAGAACUCUGAACUUUGACCAACACAACCAAAUGGGCUUCCUCCUUAACAAAACCACCAUUGCUUCCCACUUCCGAUCUCACUCCCAGAAAGCCCAAGAUCUGCUUUCACUCUCGCGCCGUCAAUACCAUAUCGAACCUGGACCUCGUGAAAAAGCGCUCUUGGCUGAAGAUGCAGCUUUGAAGCCAUUUAAGUCAUAUAAGCAGAGUGUGAAGAAGCUCAAAAAGGUUGGCGAUAUUCUAACAAUUGUUGUCGUUGCAGGAUGCUGCUAUGAAAUAUAUGUCAAGGCAGCUAUGAGAGAAGCAGCUCGGAAACAGUAACAUUCCAGAAUUGCAGAAUGAAGUGAAUAUUGUUGGACGCUAGCUUCUGUUCCAUUUUAAUGUUUUUCUAUGGUAAUAACAACUUGGGUUAUAUUCCUGGCCGUGUUGAAAUAAGCAGAAAUGUAUUUGAACCCAAAAUGCUUGUGCAUCAAUAGUAGUUUCUUCAUCGUUCAAGAUUUAAAACUUUCUGAUGAACUUGAAUUUAAUGUAUCUAAAGUCGAGAGUCUCGACAUAGGGAUAGUUAAGAAUGUUGAAUAGUGGCAAGCACAAAAUUGUUCUUAGAAUGUGUUUUGAUGGAGUAAUUAAGAGAGAUUAGUUUUAAAGAGUA